AUGGCAACUCCCUACACCCUGAGUGGCGCAAUCAACUCUUUCUUCGCAGAGGGCACGUCCGUGGUAAGGCAGCAAUGUGAUGAUUUUGCGCUGUCCCGUGUCGGUGGGCCGGUGAACCCCGUCCAGAUCCAGGGAUCGUUUAGCUACACGUUGACGGCUGGAACAGAGGGGUCCAAGCUCUUCCAAUUUCGAUCCCAUGAUUCCAAACUGGACAUUGGCCUUUUGGGCAUCGCCAAGAGAAUCCAUCCGCAGUUUGUGACUGGUUGCAAAGACCAUGGAGUACUCGGUCAAUCACGGCCUCUCCAUAUCUACGAGAUGGACAAGCUUCCUGGGACCACCUACAUUAUGGCACGCGACAGUUCUACUAUUCAGCCUCCUGAGACCAAGUUCCGACAAGGCAACACCACCAAAGACCUCGCAAAAUUCUUCGCUCAGUCGUGGAAUAACGGCCAAAGUUUAUAUCCAGAUAAAACUGCCACCUUACUUAUCGAGUUUCGCUCCAAACUCGACCGUCUUUUCCGAUCACUACCAUCUCGUUUUGCGACAAAUCUAGAUGCAGUUCGCAAAGAGCUACCGUCGCUCUUCUCGAAGAAACUCCCUUUUGUUCUAAGUCACCAAGAUCUUAAUGAGACGAACAUACUUAUAAAUCCCGAAUCUGGUAGCAUUACAGGGAUUGUCGACUGGGCAGAGGCGAGGAUCCUUCCUUUCGGCUUUUCGUUAUGGGCCUUUGAGAAUGUUCUCGGCUACAUGAAUUCUGAGGGGUGGCAUUACUAUAAUAACCGCCACGAAUUCGAGGGCAUAUUUUGGCAGACCUUCCUGGCAGAGGCCAACGGUGUUUCGGAUGGUGAUCUACAGUUAAUCCGGGUUGCGAGAAUGGCUGGGUUGUCUUUCCGUUACGGCUUUGCCUGGGACAGCAAGGGUGUGGAAAAUGUGGUGGACGAGUCCAGUCUCUCUUCCUAUGCGUAUCUUAAUGCGCUUUGCACGGCGAAUGACUGGGCACCCACCAUAUGA